CUGAUGUUUUGUUUACUGGCAGAAUCAGAAGUUUUUCCAGUUACCAUAGGGACCUUUUUAUGCCUCACCAGCCCUGCAGGGAACAUAUCCCACAGCUAUUAAAUAAACAGAAAACAGACUAAGACAAAGUAUCUGUUACUCGGGAUAGCUAUCGGGAGAAAAAUGUAACACAGAGCUGGCUGGGACAAUCAAACUGUAAUAAUGGAUGAAAUAACAUACCACGCUUAUCUUGUAUUCUCGAUCAUGGUGCAGGCAUUGCCACUUCAGGCUACAGGCUACCUGCCACUAAGAAAUGAAGACAUGCCAGGUACAAUCACGAUUCAUGAGACAAGAAAUGCUACCUCAUCUGUAAGAACUGAAAUAACUUCUGUAAUCAAUGAAGUAGCAGACAACACUAUAAUGUAUAAUGCCAGUGUCAACUCAAAUCAAUUUGCUACAACUGUCAAUACUACUGCCUUUUCCACACUGUUGAUUUAUUUUGCACAAAGCAGUCACUCUUCUCAUGUAGAAACUAAUACUUCAUCAAGUACCAUUGCUGAUACUAAAAAUGAGGUGACAACAUUGCCUACUGAAUCAGCUACAUUUCAAGCCACUGUUAAAGAUGUGAAAGUCACGACUUCAUUUACUACAUCAAACAUGACAGUUCAGCCUUCUAGAAGUGUGCCACUAAUAAGCAGCAAGGUUUUGUUUUCCGUUUCUGCAAAUCAGUUUCCUGCAGAACCAGCUCAUCUGAAGAAUUCAGAAGUCAUCCUAACAAUUCUUUUUGCCAUUGUACUUGUGCUAACAAUAUUAGGCUUCACUCUUUAUAUUCUCAAAACAUAUAGAAAGUGGAAGGAACAAUAUGCCCAUCAUCCACUCUGUGAUACCUCUUCUGAAACAGUAGACAGGUACACAGCUCCAGAUGACACACUUGUUAUAUCAGGAGGCUUGUAUGAUGCACCAAGAAUUUGUAAUUCCAACAUGAUGGUAUAUAAAGAUGAUGAACUUCAGAAUGACAGUUUUCUAUUUAAUAUCCAACCUCAACAACUCAGAUUGGAAUUUCUGCCUGGAGAAAAAGAAAAUGACUUUUCAUCCAUGUAUGAAACAUUUCAGAUACCACCAGGAGGCUUAUAAUUGUUGGAGCACAGGACAGUCUUAAAGUGGCUUAAUUAAAUGUUUGGAUUACUGUGCUUAUUAAUACAAACUGAAUGAACUGAAGCAAGAAAAUAAAAUUCAUUAAGUAUCUUUAUUAAAACAAAGAACAUUUUAGAACACUUCUAAUAGUGAUUAACAAUUCUUCACAACUCAGUUAUGAACUGUAUUCAAUCUCAAUCUGUUUCACAUACUGAUUUGGAUACAGACUUAGAUAUACUUAUAGGAGACCCACAAACAUCCAUAGGUGUUCAGUUAUUACCAAUGUAAAACACAGAUUUGAGAUGUGAUCACUUUUGGCUAUUGGGAAUAUAUUUGUUGUAAAUUUUCUUUAUUUCACUUUUUAUAUUAUAAUUUAUAGUAGAAACAAUAAAGACUGAUUGACUGAUUCAAUUUUAGUGGCUGUUUUAAGUACAACUGAGUCUGGAUCUAACCUAUUAUGCUUAUUUAAAUAAUUUUAAACUUUUCUGGUCCAUUCUUUAAUAAAACUGUAUUUCCAUUAACUUUAAGAAGAGUAAAGCUAUUUAUAUUAAUACUAACAUCUAUAUCAAUGCUGUUGAACAUGCAGGACAAGAUUGGCACAGGCCUUAGCAUCAAUCUUUUUUGUUCCUACUCCUACACUGCUGGCUCGCAGUUGGACACACACUGGUGUGCACCAGAUUUGAGUUUUGCUUUAUUCCUGUGCAAGCCAUGCAUCCUUCUUCUCCCCAGGCCCUGGCUGCUAUGCCAGAGGUAGUAGGGCAUCGGGAAAGACAAAAGAUAUUACUAAGCCUUGAAAUUAUUCUUUACCGCACAUGCAGCAGUAGCUGCAAGCAGCAUACUUUACCUGUGGGAAGUGGAUCAGGCCGUAAACUCCUGGAGAAUAUGUACUCCAAGGUUCAAUCCUUUCAGACUUCUUAGCAAAAUCACAAUGUGCCAUUUUCAAAAAAUUGCAAGAACAUACAAGAAAUUUAGGGAUGAAUGUAAAUAUAGUAAUAAAUAAAACAAUUAGUUCUGUAUCAAUAGUAAACAUU